AUGGCUCGUACUUUGAUAUUAUUUGUUCUCAAUAGGGAGUACUUUAAAUCAAAUGACUACCCUAGCUUGACCUCUAUGCAAAACAACGUUUCCCUAGUUCUCUGUAACCAUCAUUUUAGUGAAGGAGCUGUUGAAGCUCAUUUACCAAACAUGGUUGAGAUAAGUGGGAUCCAAAUUAGCGACAAAGUGUUUCUUCCGAAGGAAUUACAAGAAUUUAUGGACUCAGCUGACAAUGGAGUAAUAUACUUUUCUCUCGGAACAGUUGUAUCAGCGGGAGAACUAGAGCCACUUAUUUUAAAUACAUUUGUCAAAGUGCUUUCAUCGAUGCCACAAAAAGUCAUUUGGAAAAUAGAAAACCUUGUGACAAAUUACUCAAAUAUUUUUACCAGUAAAUGGCUUCCACAAAGUGGUAUUCUUGCUCACCCCAAAGUUAAGCUUUUCAUCAGCCAUGGUGGCAAAGGCAGCACAAUAGAAGCACUUUACUAUGCUGUACCUAUGUUGGUUUUACCAUUUUUUGGAGAUCAGUUUGCCAACGCUCGUCGUAUAAAGAACAAGGGCUUCGGUCUAGAGCUUGAUAAUACCAAUUUAAAUUAUUUAAAACUUCGCCAGAGCAUAUUUGAAGUUUUGAAUAAUAACACCUACUAUACAAAUAUCAAAACAGCAUCAAAUAUUUUCAAAGAUCGCCCUUUUACUGCGGAGGAAACUGCAACAUAUUGGAUAGAUUAUGUUAUUCGGCACAGAGGUGCGGUGCAUAUGAAAGACCGUUCGAAGAAGUCCAGCUUCAUUCAGUAUCACAGUAUUGACGUGUACCUAUGGUUUUCCGGUUUUCUGUGCGCUGUAUACAUUUUGCGUGAAAUUGGAAUUUGGAUAUAAUCACCAAAUACAUGAGUCUUUAGAGUAUUUUCAACCUACAUACCUUUAAAGGUAAGUUAACUUUGUGUAAAG